GCACAUUGUUUUGGUUGCUUUUGAUUGGUCGUUCAAGGGCAUUGGUUUUAGUGAAUUUAGUUUUAGCUCAUAGUGAGCGAUGAAAGAAAGCGACAAAUUUAUUCCAUCUUGUGAGCAUCAUGCAACAGAAGAAUUAUCAUCAACCAAAUCUGAGGAUUCUAAUCUUCAUAACACUUCUGAAAUUCCCACAAGCUUACCUAAUCGAAUUGAACUAGUUCGACCCAUUUAUCACCAAAUUUCGGAUUUUUGUUUCGAUUUUGAUUCGGAAGGUAUUCUUCGUCAUAUUCAAACAGGAGACACAUUCUGUGUAAAGGUAACUUCAACAGGCCCUUCACUUAAAAGACAAGAAAUUAUUCGUGCAGUAAGUUUACUCGAUUUAAGUAUUUUAAGGAUUACUCAUUUUUCCUCGUUCCAUUUAUUUCCACAGAAGUGGCCUAAUGACCUUAAAGAAUCAGCUUAAUGUUAUUAGGCUGCAGGUUUAAUUUCUUUUCUUCAUAUACUAAUCUAAUAUCAUUAGCUUUGGUGGUAUAAGUGCAAUUUUUAAAACAGAAUACACCAAUUCGCAAUUGAUAACUGAAAAAGUUUCAUAUUCUGUGUGUUUCGUAAAUUACAUUCUAAAUAUAAGUUAUUUAUUCAAAACUACGUACCAUCACACUUCCGAAUCGAAUAUAUACUUCUGCACUUGCUAAAACCUCUGCUAGUAUCAGCUAAAAAAGAAUUUUAAAUUAUGGCUUUUAAAGUACUUGAACUUCAUACCAAAAGUUUGAUCUGGAGACCUUAGUGGCUAAUGCUCAACUAUACCUCAAAUUAUUCCUUAAAUACCGUUGUUUCUCUCAUUUAUCUUGUUGCAAAUCCCAUCGACCCAAAUAAAGUAGAUUAUCUGAAAAGUUACAUAUAUAAAUAGUUUCUUGUCAUAUAUCAACUGUAUAUAGAUAAUAUCUUUGCGUCACUGUCUACUUGGCUGUUGUUUCUAUGCUAUGGUUUAUUAUUUAUAAAUUAUGAGUAAUUUGCGCUUCCCGUUAUAUUGCUGUGACACCAGAAAAGUCUCAUAUUUUGGCUUUGGAUUCUAAUUAUUACUCAGGUUAUAUAUACAAAAUCACUAUCCGUGUACAUAUUUGACACUUGAAAUCAAACUAUAAUCUACCAAUAAUCUUCUGUAUUUUCACUCAAUGUCACGUUCCAAAUAAAUAGAAUAAUACACGAGUGAGUUCAUAAAUACACACAUUAUGUAUGUGAGUAUGCUUCAUCAAAAAAACUUGUAAAAUCUUACUUUGUUAUCGAAUUAAAUUUUAUUUAUUUAUUUAAGCACAUAAAUAUUGGUACAAAAGGGCACCAGAUAUAUAUGUGCCACACAAAUCUCAUUUGAUUUGUGUGAGGGCUGUGAUACUGAGCAGGUACCCAAAUUGAAACAGGUGGGGGGGGCCACACCCCGAGCCUUCGACCUAAAGGUCUGAUCCACAAGGCAGUGGAGCAUCAUAAGUAGAUGCAGUCCCAUGGUAACCGGUGACUAAGGAUUGAUUCAUACGCCAAUUGUCUCUUCAGGGUACUGGAGCCCAUGUGCACCAUUGGUUUGGAUUGAGGGUUUUCCAACUCCCCUAGGUGGACUCGCCAUGUCCACCAACUCGGUUAAAGCGCCGGACAUUCACUUUUCGUCCUCUCAAUUUCGUAAACAUCAGUAAUGCCACGAGAAGGCAGUGAGUAGGACUUCUCUGUCAGAGGCUAUAUACGUGUGGUCAUGUGAGAGCAUUUGGAGAGGGAGAGCUGACUUUCCCCACUCUCGGCCAUACCAGGGAAUUUGGAGGCGAAUUAAAUUGUGUAAAAUAAAACUUAACAUCCUAUACACAUGUAGAUUCUUGAACAUAAUAUGGAAACUAUUUUAGAGGGAUAAUAAUGCUUAAUUUGAUUACCUUUUAAUUUUACAUUCUGAAGUUUGUUCAAUUACUGGGAUGCUCUUUUUCUAUUUCUUAUUCUAAUUUUAUGAUUAAUUUUUGUUUCAAAUAUAUUCUGUGAAUGAAAAAUAAUGUUAAGAAUCUCGAGUAAUUUUAUUUCCUUUCUUUAGAAUGUAACUCGAUCAUUUUGCCUUCUGUGCGUUUUUAAUUGAACUAUGUUUAGAAUAAAAAUCAACAUUUUUUUUAUGAAGUACACUAUUGUGUUAAUGUUUACUGGAACUAUUUAUUUAACUUGGGUAAGAUCUUCUUUUAUAAACUUUAGACUUCUUAACGUAAAUAACAAUAGUUUAAAACGAAAUUAUCUAUUCUGUAUCUAGAUUUGUACUCGCUUAAUUCGUCAACGUUUAUUUGCUUUAAAUAUGGAAUCAAGUCAAAUUCCGAUUCCUGGACAUCCUACUCACUGUAUGAGAGUUUUACAUUCUAAAAAUUUUUUUACCCAUAAAGGUCCCAUCAUUAUUUUAUUACAAGGUGGUGGAAUUGCUCAGGCUGGUGUUUGGGCUCCACGCCUUCUAUUACAUCCUCAACAUGGUCUACAGUCUGGCAGUCAAAUAUCUUUAGUCAAAAAAGCACAUGAACAAGGUUAUGCGAUAGCUAUUAUCAAUGCAAAUGAACAUGUCCCGAGUGAAGCAGAAAUGGAUGCUAUGGAAACAUUUCCUAAUCCUUCUUGUCCAUUAUUCAAUGUUACAGAAUGUACACGUAUCGAUCUUAAUCUUAAGUCACCUGAUCAUGACAACAAUCAUGAUGUACCAAUAUAUCUCACUUUACCUGAUCAUUCAAAUAAGCUAGUAUUACCUGUGCUUGACAAUAAAUCUCACCAUUCGGUUGCUCUUGAUUCAAAUUUAGAAAACCCAAUACUGUUUGUACCAUGUAAAUCAUCUGCUGAACAAGAAUCCAAACAACUAUUUCGAUCGUAUUUGACAAGAGCACCGUCAUCAUCAUCAGCUUUAUCAUGGUUACUGACUGGAUCGAAUUCUACAUCCAGUUCAACUAUGCGAACAAAUUCUGAUCUACAGAAAACACCUGUUUGUUGUGUGAAUUCAAUUUGUUCAACGAAUGAAACUCGUUUAACUUCAUCGACUACUGAUUUGACGUUGAAUACGCAUGUAAAAUCUGUUGGUUCAACGGUUAGCGCACCUUCUCCAUCAUCAUCCUCAAUGCUAAAUGCUACUCAUUCACUUAACUACGAAUCACAGUCACAAAAACCUGCGUUUUUAGUUCCAUCUAAUAGCAUCGCUCUUAAGAAUUUGACACGAGUCCCACAAGGUAGGAAUAUUGUUUCAGAUAAUAUGAAUUCACUUAACUCAUCUAAUUGUCAACCAUUUGUUGAAAAUUCAACUUGCGUAAUAAAUCCCGGAAAUAAUAUUACUGCUGUUAAAAAAUCUUCAAUCAAAUGUCAUUUUCCCUCAAUAUCAGUGCCAACAGCAUCAACGACACUACCAACAACACCUGAUAUACCAUCAUAUUCCAUUGAGGAUAGAGACCGAAAUUUUCCAAAGGAUCGUUCACUAAACAAUGAUCCAAUAGUGUCAAAUAUUUCUGUAGAGGAUCGCCUCUAUGGAAUAUGGCGUCAACUUAUACCACAUUGUGCAUCAAAUCAUAUAUUAGUUUGGGCUCAUCAACAAGGUGCUAAUGCAUUUAUCCAUCCAUUCAAACCUAUGCCUGAUGUGUUUCCUGGGUUCUUAUCACCAGUUUCAAUAAAUUCACAUAAGAAGAUGUCUUCGACUCCUAUCAACACGGAUAAAAGACAAGAAAUGUCAGAAGAACCGAUUGUCCCACCUGCCAUACAUAAUGAUUCCAUGUUUGACAAAGGUCCGGAAUCCUUAUCUAGUAACCAUGACAAUCUCAAUUCAGUAGUCCAGCACAACUCUAAAAUGCGGAUUAACAAACAAUUAGAGUGGUCGACUGAUUGUUUAUCAAGAGUACUAAAAUCACCAGUUGUUCUGACUGAUUCAGUAUCACAUAUCACCUCUAAAAAAUCACGUUUAUCUAAUGAAUGUGAUGGAAACUAUCCUUCUACACAAGUCGCAUAUAUUAAUGUACCCAGUGAUUAUCAUAACAAUGACAUCAAUAAUAUCGACAAAUCAAAAAUACGUUUUACACGAAGACGUCAUUUAUCUUCUGGACCUAUACUUAUGACUCAUAAAAAUGAAAAUGGUACACGUAAAAGUACACAUAUUUUGGAGCCUACAAAUGAUAAUUUGCCUCUUAUUACAAAUGAUUAUGAACAAUCUCAACAAAAUAAUAAACCUCUUGUGACUGUCAAUACAAUUCCUGAUGAAAUCGGAGAAAUGCUUCCUAAAGUUUCAACUGGACGUUUAUGGUUCGACCGACGUAUUUAUGGACCCUGGAGACAUCAUGUCACCCCAGAAGCUUCAAGACGUGCAUUUUGGUUACCAGAUGAUAAUGACUUAUUAGCUAAACGCAGUUCAAAGAAAAAUGCCUCAAAUUAUAUUACAAAUCCAGCUGAGAAUAGAUUAUGUGUUAAUAACUUACCAGCAUUAAGUGGUAGUGACUUGGAUGCCAUGCUUUUUGCUAAACAUGGUGGUGUCAUACCUAAAAGUGUUGGUAUAUGGUCUGAUAUCAAUUCAAAUGACAAUAAUAAUUCAGAUGAGUUUUUACAAUUACGUUUAGCAAGAGCAUGGCAACGUAAAGCAGAGCGUUUAUGGCGUGAGUUAACAAGUCGUGUAAAAGCUGUUGUAUUUACUGACUCAGCAGAUGUGUUGGAUUUAUGUGCGGCUGGGGUUGGAUGGGGGUUAAAUAUCCUUAAUGAACAGAGCGAUAAUGACAGUGAAUUACCCUCUAUUUAUAAGCCUACAAUAUAUCAGCAAAAUAUACCAGAAAAAGUCUUACAAUUCAGAGAAUGGUUAUCACAGAAUUCAGUGAACUAUGUAGCGGCCAAUCUUAAAUUAGGUACACGACUCAAUCCACAAGUUAAUGCACAACGACAUGCUAUUCCAACACUUUCAUCAAGCACAACAGAACAUGAUCUUAUUCCUAGUACUGUAUUACAUCAUAUAUUUGAUUUUUUCCGAUCAAAAUUACAACCAUCAUAUCCCAAGGAAGAUAGUGAACAUACAACAAACUCAGAAUCACCUUCAACAAUCAUGGAGAAUAGUACUUGUUGAAUUUUACCAUCUGUACAUUCAUAGAAGUUUUAAAUUUAAACACUAAUUGUUCCAUUCUUUUACAAAUAAAUAAAUAAUGAAAAUAUGUGGCCAAAAAAGGUC